CCCGCAUAAUACGGGCUCUCGUCAUUCUAGCUGAUCAUAUUGCGGGAUAGCUGUGCUUGCUGAUACACGUCUCCGGACCUUGGCUGGACACCCGAAGCGCUGCACUUAUAGGGAGUUUUGAUGUGUUGUCUGUGUUACAAGUACACGCGUUGACAUCAUGGAUUUCAAUGUCAAGAAAUUAGCAUCGGAUGCCGGAGUCUUCUUUACAAGGGCUGUACAGUAUACAGAGGAGAAAUUGGGCCAGGCGGAGAAGACAGAAUUAGAUGCACAUUUUGAAAACCUUCUAACCAGAGCCGAUACAACCAAGAACUGGACUGAGAAGAUUUUUCGACAAACAGAAGUACUUCUACAACCAAAUCCCAGCGCACGGAUUGAAGAGUUUUUGUAUGAGAAGUUAGACAGAAAGAUUCCUUCACGCAUCACCAAUGCAGAGCUUCUUGGACAGUAUAUGAUAGAUGCAGCAAAUGACUUUGGAUCCGGAGCACCAUAUGGAAGCACUCUUAUAAAAGUUGGAGAAAGCGAGAAAAAACUUGGUGGAGUAGAACGGGAUUUCUUGCAGUCUGCAUCUAUCAACUUCCUUACCCCUCUGAGAAACUUUCUAGAAGGGGACUGGAAAACCAUAUCAAAAGAAAGAAGAUUGUUGGAAAACCGUAGACUUGAUCUAGAUGCUUGCAAAGCCCGGUUAAAGAAGGCAAAGAUUGCAGAGGCCAAAGCAGCUGCUAUGCCUGAUUUUCAAGAGACUAGGCCUCGUAAUUAUGUUCUUUCUGCAAGUGCGUCAGCGCUCUGGAGUGAGGAAGUGGAUAAAGCAGAGCAGGAGCUGCGGGUUGCCCAGACUGAAUUUGAUCGACAGGCAGAGGUUACCCGGUUGCUUUUAGAGGGAAUCAGCAGCACACAUGUGAAUCACUUGCGCUGUUUACAUGAGUUUGUGGAAGCCCAAGCGACCUACUAUGCCCAGUGUCACCUGUACAUGCAAGAACUUCAGAAACAACUUGGGAACUUUCCCAAUACUUUUCCACCUAAUACCAACUCUUCCACUCCAUUGGCUUCUGCCUCUUCAUCUGGUGCAGCCACAAUUCCAGUUGUCUCUACAGUGGUGGGAGCUUCAUCUAGUUCACUGGAGGCUGGAGCACUUGGUAUUGAGAGUGUCCCAGCACCUGCCACAGGUACAAGGAAGGCUAAAGUGUUAUAUGACUAUGAAGCAGCAGAUACUAGUGAGCUUUCUCUGCUGGCUGAUGAGCUAAUCACAGUGUAUACUGUACCUGGCAUGGAUCCUGACUGGCUGAUUGGGGAGAGAGGAAACCAGAAAGGAAAAGUCCCCGUCACCUAUCUGGAGCUGCUCAGCUAAAGGAAAAGAAGAAUUGAAGAAGCCAACACUUUUGGACCAAUACAAUUAAGAAUGGUCAUGAAAUGUAGGGUAAAAAUAGCUUUUCAGUUCUAAAAUCCAUUCCAACACUAUAUGGGCAUGGACCUCCUCAAACCAGCAGCUUCACUCUUGCACUCCUCUCUCUGUCUUUUCAUUUUUUUUGUUUUUAACAUGAAUGCAAAUAGUAAUAGAUGGGCCUUUUCACAGAUCUGUGUAUUAGAGAAUCAGCAAGGGUCUGUACCCACACACUUUUGCAUUAUAUAAAAUUUAAAAUUCUGUAAGUUACAUUUGAAGUGUCUGGCUGGAAUUUGAGAGGCAAGGGGCAAAAAUCUACAUUUGUCUGUCCUAAUGACUGUAAUCUGCAAUUCCCUAGGAAGCUUGGUGGCUUUUCCCAGCACCAUUUUUAAGGCAUGAAGUGGAAACAUUGAAUAUGUAUCACCUCGUUUUAGAAUAUUUUAGGAAAACAAUCUUAAACCGAUGAAUGCUUACUUAAUGUUCUGAGAGUUGGCAGUUUAAAAAAGAAAUACGUGAUUUUGAUAAUCACCUUUUUGGGAAGUUAAGUAGACCUAAAAAAGAAGAAAGGUGUAAAAACAUUUAUACUCCGUUAUUCCAAAAUUUGAAGUGUAAUGUGAGACUUUGGGCCUUUUAUGGUUUAUUUAAGUAUUUUUUUUUUGUUUUGUUUUUCCUCACCUGACAUUGACAUCCCACUUUCGUUACAAAAUACUCCGAAUUAUAAUGGUAUGUGGGGGAAAAAAAAAGCUGGUCAGGUGUGAGCCAUUGUGUAAUAAGAUGUUCCUGAAGGAUAGAAAUGACUCUUGUGUAUUACAUAUAGAUUUUUCAAAAAGAGGAUUUUCUAAAAUUAGUUUAUUGCAGUGAUCCAGUUUACCCUGAUAAAGAUGCUGUGAAUAAUAAUAAUUUGGUCAGUAUUUGUUUAUACCAGUGUCUGGUAAUUUUAAUUUUUAAUUUUACAUGUUUCUACUUUCAAACCAACACCCUUUUAUAGUAUUUUGAAAUGUUCUUCUGUUCUUGUUUUUGCAUUGCUUGCAGCUGACUAUAUUCUAAAUUAUUUCAAUGAUUCAGUUUAUUUCAAUUUAAAUAUUUACUGCUUUCCAAAACUUUUUACACAUUUGUGAUGAACAUAUUGUUCAAUCUGUCAUUUAUUGCAAAAUUCAAACUUUCUUCUCAGUUCUCUAUAUUGCACAAUUUGUAAUGGGUUUAUUUUUGACUUAAAGACUGCAAUGGAAAGGAACCUGGCAUGGGAAAUUGUGUACACUGAGUCCAUUGCAAAUAACGGUGAACAAGAAAAACAAAACUUGUGGUUUAAAUAAGGGACAAGCAUUUGUUUAUGUACUACCGUUCUUUGUCCAAAAUGUAAUACAUUAAUACGUUUUUAAGGUUAAAUUUUUGGUUUAAUUGAAUUGUUAUGAUGUGAAUCUGGUUGAUGCUGACAUUUUUGUCCCUUGUACAUUUAUUGUUGUUAUUAAUUUGAUUUAGGUUUCUGUUUCAUGCCAAGAUAGUUUGUGGGUUCUUCCACCAUGGUGUCUAAGGGACUUUGAUUGCGCGUACAAAUUUAAUACAAUUUAGAAAAUAUAAAUGUAUGAGAUGAAACAUUUUACCAGCUGCGCCCAGUUAAUGAGUAUUAGGAGCAAAACAUCAAAAAGGUCCAGCAAAAUCAUUGCUGUUUUGUCUGCCAAUAUUAAAGAUUAACAACCAUCAUUGGUACACGGAUCCGAUGUUUAAAUACCACCGUUUUCACAAAUCAGCCUGUUGACUUCCCACUACAGAGAUUUUUGUAGAUGUUGUGUAAUGCGUUUGGAUUUCUAGUAACUGCAGUACUGCCUCACCCACCGUUCAAAAUAACAUGAAAAAGUAUUGUAAAUACACAGCUGCCACCACAUUCUUUUUACAUGUUAAAUAACGUAGACCUCUAAAUUGUGACUCUUUGGGAAAAACACUUUGUCUGAGUAUGGCUUGAGUGGCUGCCACCCACUUCUUAGAGUCUACAGUUGGCACCAAGUUAGAGGCCCAAUUGUUUUGAGAUUAAAUGCCAGAGAACAAAGAGGACUCUUAAAAGAUGCUGACAAGAACAAAGGAUAGUGAUGAAAGAUUGCAAUAUUUUUGAAGAAUCUAAUUUUUACUUUAUUUUCCUUCAAAACACUGUGAUGUGUGCUUUUCAGACAUGAAUAGGCUAAAUGUGUGCCAGUCUUUACCAAUAGCUAAUAGACAUUAUGGUGUGGAAGGCUUUUAUCGAACUCGUUUUGUACAAAGCAAAACCCACACUUUGCGGAGUGCACUAAAAUGAAGUACAUCACUCCAGAGAAUUACUACUAGACGUAUAUGUUAACUGAACAAAAGGGCACAAAUGUAGUAAGAAACUGAGGGGCAUCAACAGGCACACUUUGCAAAAAUGAGAUUUAUUUAACAUAUUCAGAUUAAAAUAUUUUUGGUUAUACGAUAUAAAAUAAUGAUGUUAUGCAUGUUGAUUCCAUCUGUUUUCAGGGUUCAUUUUUUCCAUGUCAGGUUUUUAGAGAUCAAGAGCCUGCCCAGCAGCUUUAAACGCAAGGCAGCCACCAGUCCACCAUAAGACACCCAACACUUAACUCACAAAAAGGUGAUAAGAAGCCAGCAGUUAACCUGAACACACACAGAACAUGUUUAGGGAACCUUCGCUAAGCUGUGUCCCUGAAUCGCACUGUUGUGGUCUUAGACACACUCUUAUCUUCAUGUACGCAACAGUUUAGCACGUCAGGGUUUGCAUACAUAACACAAAUUUAUUUCUCUAUAAGAAAAGAUUGUUUAAAAACUUGAAGAAGGAUCUGCCAAGCCUUUGAGUGGCAACUGUAUGGAGUUGUAAUUGAGACUGAUGUGCGUAUGGGAGUGCUGUGAGUUUUGAAAGGAAAUAUUUAGAAGUUUUAAAGGCCUGGAUUUCAAAUAAAGCCAUAUAUGUCUGAUGAAUCGCACAGGAUCGUCCCUCUCCGCACUGUACACUUUUGUUCAGCUUUUUAUGUGUUCUUUAAGAUGUCCUAUUACAUUUAAAACUAGAACAUUAGAAGUCACAAAUUUCUUUUAUGAAAUAUACUGUGUCGUAAGUGUGUUUGAUAUAAAGCAGUGUUUUACUACAGAGUGAGUGGCAAUACAGAAAAGGUGGCAUCAAGUUAUAAAAAUAUCUUCAUGAAAACUAGCAUGCUUGUCAUUAAAAUCUAUUUAGCGAGUUUCCUGAAAGUGUGACCUGUUUCUUUGACAUCGAGUCCAACCCCAGAUAUUUAGCUAUUUCAUAUUGGCAUCUAUUUGAAGAAAAACCACAAAGGUCAGUUUUGUUGAGAAAAGGAGACGCUGUGCUAUGGGGCCUGUUGUUAGAACCCAACUAUUUUCAUGUUUCUCUUAAAUACACAUAACAUUUGAAACUUGAAGGAUGCAUUAAGGAAAACGAUUCUUUUACACUUGCGUUACAAUGACUGCUUCUGUGUGCAUUUUGUUUUCUCCGUUUUUCGUUGGUUUUCUUUGAUUCACUGAGCUCUUUCAUGUUAAGAGUGUAUUUAUUGCCUGUACCUGCAUAUUGACUGCAUAGCAAAUGGAUAAUUAUCAAUAAAGAUCAAAGAUAACCUUUAA